AUGGCCAACCUCGACGAGACACAGAGUGAAGCCCACGGUGUUGCAGUUGAUUAUACGGUUCCACAUAUCUCUGUUUGGAAGGCGCCAUACCUGUGGAAAGCCAGCUUCUGUGUCGUUGGCUUAUGUUUAUUCUCAUCUGCCAAUGGCUACGAUGGGUCGCUUCUCAAUGGUCUACAAUCAUUAGACACCUGGCAAGUCUUCAUGGAGCAUCCUACGGGUGCCUGGCUCGGCUUCAUCAAUGCGAUAUACUGGAUAGGAACAUUCUUCGGUGCCCUUGUCGCAGCCUGGACAUCCAACAAGUUCGGUCGAAAAGUCGGUAUCUACUUCGGUAUCUCGCUACUUGUUGUUGGAAGCGCAUUGCAAGCUGCUGCACCUCACGAUAGUGCGUUCAUCGUUGCACGACUGAUCGUUGGUAUGAGCUCUGGUUUUCUCAAUAAUGCAGCGCCAUUACUGUUGAAUGAAAUUUCCUAUCCAACCCAUCGGCCUGUGGCAAACGCCUUGUUUAUGUGCGGCUACUAUCUUGGAGCAUUGAUUGCGGCUUGGGUGACAUUUGGUACUCGCGUGAUGGACUCCUCUUGGUCUUGGCGCAUUCCAUCUAUCACUCAAGUUUUAUGCCCCGUCCUCGCCCUACCCGCGCUCCUUAUGGUUCCCGAGAGCCCUCGCUGGCUUGUCUCUAUGAAUCGAGUUCCCGAGGCGCGUGCUGCUCUUGCCAACCUACAUGCAUCCGGAGACCUGAAUUCUCCGGUAGUUAAUCACCAGGUGAUUGACAUACAGCACACGUUAGAGUUGGAAGAGGAAAAUGCAAAAACAUCUGGAUAUGCAGAGAUGAUUUCGACCCCGGGUAAUCGCCACAGGCUUUUCAUCACUAUCUCUGUUGGCUUUUAUGCUCAAUGGGUCGGAAACGUGGUGGUGUCGUACUACCUUGCAUUGGUUCUGAAGAACAUUGGUAUUACGAAAACUAGAGAUCAACUUCUCAUAUCUGGCUGCCUCCAGAUUUGGAAUCUGAUCUUUGCCACGGUCGGAGCCUCCCUUGUGGAAAAAGUAGGCCGCCGGGUCUUAUUCUUGCUAUCUGGAGCCAUCAUGCUUGUCAGCUAUAUUACUAUCGCUGGCUUGUCGGGUGGAUUCUACACGACGAAAGUUCAGUCUAUCGGAACGGCUGUGGUGCCGUUUCUUUUCAUUUAUUUCGCAGGCUACGAUAUUGCUCUAACACCACUGUUAACUGCCUAUCCAUGCGAGGUAUGGCCGUACCGAUUGCGCUCGAAGGGGCUCAGUGUUGCGUGGAUCUCAGUCGUGUUUGGAAACAUGUUCAACACAUUUGUCAACCCUAUCGCCCUUGAUGCCAUCGGCUGGAAAUAUUACUUCGUUUUCGUGGCUGUUUUGAUCGCCUAUGAGAUUACAGUAUACUUAUACUACCCCGAGACAAAGGGACAUACGCUCGAAGAUAUGGCUGUUAUUUUCGACAAGGAUGAUGCCAUGACCAGUCAUGUUGGGGAAGAGUCAGAGGAGAAGACCGGCAGCACGGAGCUUGUGGAGCGGGUCUGA